AUGAGCCAACGUGUUCCAAACUGCCACAUCGAUGAUGCUCCGGCGGCCACCGUCCGGUCCACCACAGCCGCAGAUAUCCCCAUGCUAGACUACGAGGUAGCGGAGCUGACGUGGGAAAACGGGCAACUGGGCUUGCACGGUUUAGGUCCACCGCGAGUGACAGCUCCGUCCAAGUACUCCACAGGCGCCGGUGGAACGCUGGAAUCCAUAGUGGACCAAGCAACUCGCCUCCCUAAGCCUAGGGGUGAGCUGGUCCCAUGGUUCCACCAUCGCUCUUCCACGACAAUGGACGCGCUUGUGCCUUGCUCCAACCCCCAGGAGCAGCAGCGUGUUGGCUCCACCCGCGUAGGCUCCUGCAGUGAUGGCUAUCCCAUGGCCGGUGGGAAACGAGCCAGAGUGGCGCCCGAGUGGAGUGCGAGCGGGAGCCAGCGCCUGACCAUGGACACUUGCGGCUUCACCUCAACAUCGCUUGAUGAUAACUCCAGCUCCGGCGGAAAGCCUUUUUCCAAAAACACCACCACCAUCGACGAUCAUGACUCCGUCUGCCACAGCCGCUCACAGAUGGAGGAAGAAGAAGACAAGAAAGCCGGAGGGAAAUCAUCAGUAUCAACCAAGAGAAGCAGAGCCGCUGCUAUUCAUAACCAAUCCGAACGUAAAAGGAGAGACAAAAUCAAUCAAAGGAUGAAGACUUUGCAGAAACUGGUUCCCAAUUCAAGCAAGACGGAUAAAGCGUCGAUGUUGGAUGAAGUGAUAGAGUACCUUAAGCAACUCCAAGCACAAGUGAGCAUGAUGGGCAGAAUGAACAUGCCUUCCAUGAUGCUUCCCAUGGCAAUGCAGCAACAUCAACAGCAACAGCUUCAACUGUCUCUCAUGUCCAAUCCCAUGGGUUUAGGGAUUGGCAUGGGGAUGCCCGGUCUCGGUCUCCUUGAUCUUAAUUCUAUGAACCGAGCUGCUGCUGCAGCUGCUGCAACCGCUCCCAAUCUCCAUGCCAACAUGAUGCCAAACCCAUUUGUGCCCAUGACUUCUCCACCUUGGGAUGCCUCUUCUUCCAAUGACAAUCGAUUUCAGUCUCCUCUCAUCCCCGAUCCUAUGGCCGCCUUUCUUGCAUGCUCCUCGCAGCCAACGACGAUGGAAGCAUAUAGCAGGAUGGCUGCAAUAUAUCACCAAAUGCAGCAACAGUUUCCUCCUCCUUCUAAUCCAAAAUGA